AUGAUAAAGAAACAUACGUCUGGAUCUACUUCAUCAAAUAGCGGGAGUGAGAACGCAUAUGCUCUCUUGUCGCUGAUCGAAGAGAAGGCAGUUGAGGAAGUCACGAUGACAAUGGAUGAAAGGAAAGCAAAAAUAGAGCAGCUGAGAGCCAAGAUGCGUUCAUCUACGAAAGCCAACCGCGCUUCCCUCAUUGAGGAGUCUGCUAGAGCAAAGAUGACUGUGAGGGAUGCUGCGCGGCUAGAACGUCAGCGGAAACUUGCAGAGAUGUUGCGCACGCAAGCUGAAGCCGAGGACCGGGGGGAGGAUGUGGAACGGCAGAAGAAUUGGGAAUGGACGAUAGAAGAGAAUGACAAUUGGGAAAAGAAGAAGGCGAGGAAAGCACGGAGAGCAGACUACGAGUUUCACGAUGAUGCUCACGCAGCUCGGCGGCGCUACAAGAAGGACCUUGACUUGAUUAAACCGGACCUUGCUGCCUACAGCCGACAGAAAGAGGUCGUGCUGGGGCUGGCACCUGGGUCGCUUUCCAAGCCUGGGAGCAGCUCAUCUGCUCUCACAACAUUUGAUCCUUCAGGCGGACAGGUUGUAUCCGCUGAACAACGGAUGGCCGCAGAGAGCUUCUACCGAGAUGCCAAUACUCUGCUGUAUGCUGACAAUAAACCCACUGAAGAUGCCAUUGACAGAGUGGUUGGCAAGAUCAACAGAGACAUCGACAAGAAGGGCAAAUUCUCCCGCAAGAGACUCAACGAGGAUGAAGGCGACAUCACCUAUAUCAAUGAGCGGAAUCGGGUGUUUAACAAAAAGAUUGCGCGAUACUACGAUAAAUAUACCUCAGAGAUUCGGGCCAGUUUCGAGCGGGGAACAGCAUUUUAA